AACCACGCGGCCUCUCCAGCUCUUGCUUCGUGGCGUCAACUUCCAGUUCCAGAGCCAACUCUUCUCCUUCUUCUUCUUCACAUCUUUGUCCUUCCUUAAACCGACCCCCCCCUGCAUUCCUUAUUUCCUAAGAUUCCAACCAUAUAAAAAUCUUGAUUUCAAUCCUCCAUCUCAGUCUCAUUCAAGAAUCAACCUAAAAUCAAAACCAUGUCUUCUAUGAGUCCCAAACACCGCAGCUCUCUCUACCCAGAAGUUGUUCAAACCAACCCUGAAUCAACUUCUCCAUUUAUCUCCAACCCCAGCAAGAACCCUUCUUCCUCUUCAUCUUUAUACCCUUCUAUUGAAAUGAAAGAUUUAGCGGAAAAUCUCUUCCCAGAAACCGAGGAAGAAGGCCAAACCGGCGCCGCGCAUCGGGGCGGAAAUGCUUCUUUUGAAUCAUCUGAGGAAGUUAUAAUCAGAGUCCCGGGUGCAAUUGUUCAUUUAAUUGAUAAGGAGCAGAGUGUUGAGCUCGCCAACGGGGAUUUCUGUGUAGUUCAACUGAAACAGGGAGAUAAUGUUGUGGCGGCUUUGGCUCGAGUUGGGGAUGAAAUUCAGUGGCCGUUGUUGAAAGACGAGGCAGCGGUUAAGCUUGAUGAUUCGCAUUACUUUUUCAGUCUCAGGGUUCCUUCUGAAGGCGGCGAAAUCAACAGCGACAGUAUUUUGAAUUACGGGUUGACAAUAGCUGCUAAGGGUCAGGAGGGGCUGUUGAGGGAAUUGGAUUCAGUACUCGAGAAGUUUAGCGCUUUUAGGGUGGAGAAGGCAGGGGCGGUGGUGGAGCAAGGCUGGUGGGGAGCGGUGGCGAAGGAGGUUUCUCCGGAGGAGAUGGAGAGAAAAAAAGAGGAGGUGGAGAAGAGCGCCGCUGCGUACUGGACCACGCUGGCACCGAACGUGGAGGAUUACAGUGGGAGUGUAGCAAGGAUGAUAGCUGCGGGGUCGGGGCAGGUGGUAAGAGGGAUAUUAUGGUGUGGUGAUGUGACUGUGGAUAGGCUAAAAUGGGGGCAUGAGUUCUUGAAGAACAGAGUGGGGAAGGCAUCGAGCUCGGAUGUUAGUCCUCAGGCAUUGAGGAGGAUGAAAAGGGUUAAGCGAUUGACAAAGAUGUCAGAGCAAGUUGCAACUGGCAUCCUUUCUGGGGUUGUCAAGGUCUCUGGCUUCUUCACUAGUUCAGUUGCAAACUCCAAAGUGGGCCAGAAAUUCUUCAGCCUUCUUCCUGGAGAGAUCGUUCUUGCUUCCUUGGACGGAUUUAACAAGGUGUGUGAUGCUGUUGAAGUUGCUGGGAAGAAUGUAAUGUCAACUACUUCUGUGGUGACCACCGGUCUCGUGUCACAAAGAUAUGGUGAACAAGCCGGAGAGGUGACGCAUGACGGGUUAGGCGCCGCAGGGCAUGCCAUUGGCACUGCUUGGACUGUGUUCAAGAUAAGGAAGGCUCUGAACCCGAAAGGUGUCCUUAAACCUACAACCCUGGUGAAGGCCGCUGCCAAUUCUGCUAAAUCAAAGGCUAAAUGAACAAGUGAUCGUCCCCUCGGGUCUUGUUUGACGUUUAAGUUACGGCCUGAAACUUAGACCUGUGGGUCAUUGUAGAUAGUUGUAUUAUGUUUGGCUUUGAGAUGUAACUCGUACUAGCGUUUUUCUUCCCCUUGCUGCUUUUUGUUUCUCUUCUUUUCUUCUAUCAUUUGAAUUGUCCCUCUUAAUAGACUUAUGGAUUUUUUUUGUCAAUGUGAUGAUUGGAUUGGUUUGAUUCAA